GAAACCCUCGAGGCGCGGCGGGAAACACAGCCUGAACAGAGAAUUUCUUUCGACCCUAAACUCCAAAAGGGUCUUGGUUUCUAGAAUUUCUCAUUUCCGUCGAGGCAAAUCAUCUCGCUGUGCUUCACAGAUCCGCAAAUGGAGAAGUCCGAGAGGAUCUAUGUCACUGUCCGCUCUAGACCUCUUUCUCCGGAGGACGCAAAGGCGAGUCCCUGGAGAAUCUCCGGCAAAUCCAUCUCCCUCGCUAACCAGUCCACCAAAUUCGAAUUCGAUCAAAUAUUCGGAGAAGAGUGCAAGACUGCGCUAGUCUACGAAGCUCGGACCAGAGAUAUAGUUGCCGCUGCAGUUCGUGGUUUCAACGGCACAGUAUUUGCAUACGGACAAACUAAUAGUGGAAAAACACAUACAAUGCGAGGGUCAGCUACUGAACCAGGGGUUAUCCCUCUUGCAGUUCAUGAUUUAUUUCAGAUCAUAGAAGAGGAUGUGGAUCGGGAGUUUCUUUUGCGAAUGUCGUAUAUGGAAAUCUACAAUGAAGAGAUCAAUGAUUUGUUAGCUCCCGAGCACAGGAAAUUACAGAUUCAUGAGAGUAUUGAGAGAGGUAUCUUUGUUGCUGGUUUGAGAGAAGAGAUUGUUGCCUCCCCCGAGCAAGUACUUGAUUUCAUGGAAUUUGGAGAAUCUCAUCGCCACAUUGGGGAGACAAAUAUGAAUGUUUACAGUAGUAGGUCCCAUACUAUUUUCCGCAUGAUAAUUGAGAGUAAAGAGAAAUCUGAUGAUGGAGAUAUUGGAACUUCAUGUGAUGCUGUUCGAGUAUCUGUUCUGAAUUUGGUGGACCUUGCUGGUUCAGAACGUGCUGCAAAGACUGGUGCAGAAGGUGUACGACUGAAAGAAGGUUCCCACAUCAAUAAAAGUUUGAUGACACUUGGAACCGUGAUAAAAAAACUAAGUGAAGGUGCAGAGAGCCAAGGAGGUCAUGUGCCCUACCGGGAUAGCAAGCUCACACGUAUUUUGCAACCUGCACUAGGUGGAAAUGCAAAUACUGCUAUAAUAUGCAACAUCACCCUUGCUCAGGUUCAUUCGGAUGAGACAAAAAGUAGCCUUCAAUUUGCAAGUAGAGCAUUACGUGUGACUAAUUGUGCACGUGUAAAUGAGAUUUUAACAGAUGCUGCUUUGCUUAAGCGUCAGAAGAAGGAAAUUGAGGGGCUACGAGCAAAAUUGCAGGAAUCUCACUCAGAACAUCUUGAAGAGGAGGUUCUCAACCUGCGGAAUACAUUAUUAAAGAGUGAACUGGAAAGGGAGAGGAUAGCUUUGGAGCUGCAACAGGAAAAGGAAGCUCAAGCUCAACGUGAGAGGAGGUUGCAGGAGCAAGAUAAGAAAAUAGAGAACUUGAGAUCAAUGGUGUUUUAUUCAAACAGGGAGGAGAAAUUCGGUCAUUACAAAAAGGAUAAGAGGCGAGAUACAUGGUGUCCAGGUGCUCUCUCACGGGAGGCUCUUAAAGAGGAGUCCUCCGAAGCCCAGUCAAGGGCUUCUGUUAUGAAGACGACAAGAGCUCAGCGAGAUAUGGGAUUGCCCAUUCCUUUUGAAGAAUUGAUCAAGGAAAGUGAAGUCACUACAUUUCCUCAAGACACCUGCAGAACAGAUAAAACCUGCAGUAAUGACUCAGCAGAGGACUGUGCUGUUCCUGAUGCCCGUGCAUUGUUGCAUGUAACUAAUAGAAGAAAACUGCCACUGAAAAAGAAAAGCUCAACUGUGGAAAGCUCGGAAUUAGCAGAAAUGCAGGUGGAAUACGAGGCUUUACUUUUGAAAUUUGAGACUCAGAGGACAACAAAAGACCUAGAAAUUGAUUGCUUAGCAAAAAAAUUGACCGAUGCCUUGUGCUACUCAAAUGGAGAAAAUACGGAUUCUUCUAGUUGCAAGCUAAGUGCUAGUACUUUUGGUGGAGAUAGAAAUCUUACGUUGAGGGAGUCAGAGGCAAUUAUUGUGAUCAAACAACUUCAGGAACAGAUUAAGACGUUAGAGGUGGAGAAGUCUACAAUCCAGAAAAAUUUGGAUAGUGUUGUUGAGUUGGCAACAGAACAGAAUAUAUCUGCCAAAGAUAAGUAUGAUGAGAUCUAUCUAAAGCUUCUAAAUGCACGUGAGGAGGCAGGAGUAGCCCAUGAAGAAGCAUUAAUUAGAAUGAUUGAGGAGGAUAAUGCUGCACACUCUAUUGGACUAUCAAUGGCAAUUCAAGGAAUACAACUAGAAAUUCAGAAUUCAAUAGAUGUUGCUGCGAGUAUUUCUUCUGUCAUGGAUGAGCUUUUCAAAAGUGUUUCUGUCGUGCCAAAUUUGUUCUUGGAUCUGAGGUCAUUCUUUUGUGAAGGUUCUGUCCAACUAAAAUCCAUCAUGGUUAACCAUGAAAAUAUACAUAAUUACAUGAGGAAAAAAGUUGCGGAACUUGAGAACGAAAAGAUGAAUCACCAUAAGCAGAUAGAGGAGCUUGGAUUAGAUCUGCAGAAUUCUGAAAAGGAUUUGAUGGAGCACUGCCGAAAAGAAGAGUUGGAGAAAGCUGAAUUGCUUUCUCAAAUUCAAAAUCUUGAGAAAGAAGUUGCAUGCUUGUCAUCUUGUUCCUUGGCAAGAGAAAAAGAAAAUUUAAGACGAGAACUUGAAAAAACAAAAAUGAAGUUGAAGGAGACAGAAUCCAAGCUUAAGAAUGCAAUACAGGAAAAAACCAGAUUAGAGGGUGAAAAAGCAUACGCUGAACGAGAGAUAAAACUCUUGCAUGGUCAAAAGACUCUUCUGGAACGUGAUAUAUGUAAACGCGAUUCACUUGCUGGUAGAAGGCGUGAUUCGGUUGCUGACAGGAGGCGUGAAUCAAAGGCCUUCGACUCAAACAGGGCAAAGGUUCACAAUAGCCCCUAUGAGCAAUUGCAGGAAGAGUACAAGAAACUAGAAGUUCUUGCAUUUGAGAUGGAGACAACGAUUGCUUCUUUGGAAGAGGAAUUGGAAGCUGCGAACAGAGAGAAGGCAGAGGCCAUUAUCAGAAAUGAAGUCUUAACCUCAGAAUUGGAAGCUAUGUCCUGCAAAUUGGAAUCAUCAAACUUAGAGCUCAAAAUGUCACAGGAAGAGGUUUUAAGCAUUCAAUUAAAUCUGUCUGAAUCUGAGACCAUGUGUCACAAAAUGGACAGUUCUCUUAACAUGGUGUUAGGGGAAAAAGAAGAGUUGGCAAUGCAACUUGCCAAUGCCCUUCUGGAACUUGAGGAGGAAAAAGCAAUAUGGGCUGCCAAGGAGAGAGCCUCCAUUGAAGCUAUUGCAGAAAAAACAAAGUUAACCAAUGAUGAGAUUAUAAAGGAGUUGUCUAAGACGAGGUAUGAACUGGAAGUCUUCAGAGAAGAAUGCAAAGUGCUGAGGGAAAAGUUGAUGCUUUCUGAGGAAAACAUAGAACUGCAUUCUAAGAGCAGCAUGGAGAAGUCAUUUGAGAUUGAGCAGCUAAAAAAUGACUUCAAAGCAUUUGAAAUCAAGAGUACAAUAUGUCAUAAUGAUCUUAACGACCAGCUCCUGAAUAUGACAGAUGAAAGGGAUACUUUGCUUGCUGGGAAGGAAGAGCAGUUGGCACAUAUGCUUGAAAUGGAAAUCCUAAAGAAAAGUAAUGAUGACAUGUUAUUGAAGGCCAAAGUGGAUCUGGAUGAAAUGACCGAGCAUUUAUGCACUCUGGAAGUCAAAAUGCAAAAUGAGAGAAUGAACAACGGUAAGGAAAGUGCUAAGCUUAGGAUGAGGCUCCGGGCGACUCAAGCGAAGUUGGACGCAUGUCGUGGCCGGCACAAGGAGGCAGUUGAUGAAAUGGGUUUCAUGAACCGAAGAUUUGAAGAGGCAUCUGCAAAGCUGAAAGGGCAGUUAACUUCAUAUGGCCUUGAGGUCCUCCAGCUUAAGAAGCUGCUUGCUGUGAAGGGACAGUAGCCUCAUAGCAAGUCCUUUGACAUUCUACAUCAGAAGAGCUCUUCUGUCACAGAGAUCGGAUGUGCUGUGAUACUGGUGUAUCAUGAUUGAAAUCUAGUGUUCUGAUUUGUACAUAAUCUAUUGUAUAUCAGAAACGUUAAUGAUCGCUGGUGCAAUACCAUUUCUAAGAUGGUACAUCUUUGUACAUUAGAUAUCUAUUUGCACAAAAGAUUAUAGUGUAUUCUCCAUCACUUAUUCACUUUUUAGUUUGUAUUCUGUUGUUGGCUAUCAGAGUAGCAAAUUACAGGGAGAAUGACCAUAAAACUUGGAGAAGAUGUAAAAGAAGCAUGGUUCCAGCAAGCUUUUGGAAACUUAUACCACUCAUUCUGAAUCAUUGACAUAGAAAUUGAUGGUAUUUUAUGUUGGGUACUGUCCA